AGGGUGGCCGUGGGUGUCUGGCGUGGUGACUCUGGUGGGGAACGAUGGCUGCGGGUGGGAAGGCUCCAGCUGGGCUCCUGGCUGUGAUUCAGGAGGGGGGACUUGGAAUUUUCUCGUGGGUGAGAUAGGGUUAACAGUGCUUGCCUUGCUGAUUGAACAGGGUGGUCGAAGGUGAAAACACACGUAAUAUAUUAAGUGUGUUACCAAAUAAUAUUCAUUAAAAAUCCUUCAGGAACAACCGGGGGAGCUGGUGCAUCCGUCAGCUCCCCGUCAGGGACGCUGCUCUGGCUGAGAGCGCCCAGGCGGAGCAGAGGCGGCAGAGGCUGCAGUGGGGAGGGCACGGCAGUGGGGACGCCGAGCCAGGGCAGGUGGUGGCCCGUGGACCUUGCUGGCCGCCCUGGCGCUGGGAAGGAACCGUCUUCCGUGGUCCCGGGGGUCAGGAGGGCUCCUGACCUCUCGAGUGGAGGGCUGGCAGCGUGGAGGGGGUGCGCCCAGCCACCCUUUCCCAGGCCGCCUCCUCUAGAGCACACUGGAGAAGUCCAGGUGCGGGUCGUGGCUCACAGCCUUCCCGGGGAGCCCUCCUCCUGGCGGACUGUUUUGGUCAUUGUUUAGUAGUUAGGCUGUGGGGAAGAGAGGGAAGAGUUAUGUUUUGGCUUAAAAAACAGAGUGACGCUUUGCAGACAUGUGAACCUGCCCUGUUUGCGUCUCUGCUCUACUUUAGACAGGUUCCUAGGAGUCCAAGGCUCGGCACGUGUUCCAGAGCAGAAGUGAGCCCAGUGUCUGUGCUCCGCUCGCCGGAAUCUCCAGGCCCCGCUGCUGGCGGGGAGGGACCACAGCCAGCCCCUGAAUCGGGCGGGGGUCGGGUGGGCGUUAGGGGCGACCCCACAGCCGAAAAUCCGAGUAACUUCACAGCCGGCCCUUCCUGCACACCCCCGCCCUCCGUAUUCACACUCGUGUACCGGCACUUGGCGUCUGCGGCUGCGACGCUGCCCCGCGUGGUGAUGUCCCUCCGGCGCCUGGCCUGGGCCUGGCCUGGGCCGUGUUGGUGGCCAGCCCCCCGGAGGUGCAGAGGACGCGGCGCCCUGCACACGGCCCCGGCCGCGCGCUCCGACAGCAGCACACUGGGCUUCCGCCGCGCCCUGGGCUUCGGGGACAGGAUCGCCCUCGUCGACCAGCACGGCAGCCACACGUACAAGGACCUCUACUCCCGCAGCCUCUGCCUGUCCCGGGAGAUCUGCCGGCUCCGUGGGUGUGCCGACAGGGACCUCCGGGAGGAGAGGGUCUCCCUCCUGUGCAGCAAUGACGUCUCCUUCGUGGUGGCGCAGUGGGCCACGUGGAUGAGCGGCGGCAUUGCCGUCCCCCUCUGCAGGAAGCACCCCCAGGCCCAGCUGGAGUAUUUCAUCCGGGACUCGCGCAGCUCCGUGAUCCUCGCCGGCCCGGAGCACGUGGAGCUCCUGAGCCCGGUGGUCCAGAAGCUGGGGGUCCCGCUCCUGCCUCUCCCGCCCACAGUCUACCACGGGGCAGCCGAGGACCCCGGGGAGGGCCGGCUGCCAGAGUGGGACUGGAGAGACCGGGGCGCCAUGAUCAUCUACACCAGCGGGACCACGGGGAGACCCAAGGGCGUCCUGAGCACGCAUCAGAACAUCCGGGCCGUGGUGACGGGGCUGGUCCGCAAAUGGGCCUGGACAAAGGACGACGUGAUCCUCCACGUCCUCCCGCUGCACCAUGUCCACGGCGUGGUCAACAAGCUGCUCUGUCCGCUCUGGGUGGGCGCCACCUGCGUGAUGCUCCCCGAGUUCAGCGCUCAGCUGGUUUGGGAAAAGUUCUUAAGCUCUGAAACUCCACGGAUUAAUGUGUUUAUGGCAGUGCCCACCAUAUACAGCAAGUUGAUGGACUAUUACGACAAACAUUUUACCCACCCUCGUGUCCAGGAUUUCGUGCGUGCGGUUUGUGAAGAAAAAAUCAGGUUGAUGGUCUCGGGCUCGGCCGCCCUGCCCCUGCCUGUGCUGGAGAAGUGGAAGGGCAUCACCGGCCACACUCUGCUGGAGCGGUACGGGAUGACGGAGAUCGGCAUGGCCCUGUCCAACCCCCUGACCACAGCUCGCCUGCCAGGCUCUGUGGGGACCCCGCUGCCCGGCGUCGAGGUGCGCAUUGUGUCAGAAAACCUGCAGAAGGACGGCUACCCCUACGUUGUCCACGCGGAGGGAAAUGAGGAGGACACCAAGGUGACCCCAGGGUUUGAAGAGAAGGAGGGGGAGCUCCUGGUCAGGGGGCCCUCUGUGUUCCGGGAAUACUGGGACAAGCCGGAGGAAACAAAAACCGCCUUCACCUCGGACGGCUGGUUCAAAACAGGUGACACGGCCGUGUUCAAGGACGGCAACUACUGGAUCCGCGGCCGCACGUCCGUGGACAUCAUCAAGAGUGGCGGCUACAAGGUCAGCGCCCUGGAGGUGGAGCGGCUCCUGCUGGCCCAUCCCAGCAUCACGGACGUGGCUGUGAUCGGAGUUCCAGAUGUGACGUGGGGCCAGCGGGUCACCGCAGUGGUGACCCUUCGAGAGGGACACUCGCUGUCCCACAGGGAGCUCAAAGAGUGGGCCAGGUGGAUGUAGGCACCAGCUACUGAGGCCAAGGGAUGGGGUUUCUCUGCCCGCCCUCGCCGGCCCCUUGCUGCACACGUCCCGAGUGGCCAAGGCUGUCCCUACUCCUGCGGGCUCCGAGCAGACUUCGCGGUGCUGCUGUCCAGAGCCCCACUGCCCGAUGCCCCGCUGCCUGCGUCACUGGCAGCAGCCACAGAGCGUGGAGCCCUUGUGCGCCAGGAGGCCACGAUGGGUGGCCCCUCUCCCCACCACCCCAGGCAGCAUCCUGUGCACCUGCUGGUUCCGUAUUGAAGGGCCCCACGUGCGGCCCUCGAGCAAGGAGCAGGCAGCUCUGCUCAGGAGAAGCCUGGGCGUGGUGUGCAGAGCUGCCUGGGGCUGGGCCCGCCACGUGGCCGUUCACAGGAGGGAGCAUUGUCUAACGGUGCUCCUCUUGGGGUGCGGCUGCAGGCCAGCUGCUGGACCCAGAUGGCUCUGGGGUGGGAGGGUGGUUCCAGCCGGCGUGUGUGGUCAUAGCGCCCAGGGGUCUGCGAGGUGCCCACCCACCUCCCCCAGCUGUCCGCCCAGGGCUGCAGUGAAUGGACCGCGAGGUAGGACCAGUUCUUUCCAGCUCAGGGGCUCCGGGGCGGGGUCUCGGGAGGCCUGGCCCUGGGUGAGGCUCACCCUCUCCCCCAGUGGGCAGAGGGGCGUCUCCAUGCCCAGGACCAGGCCCCGACCUGCUGCGGAGGCGCCACCCGCGCCCGUGGCUCCUGCCCUCAGGCCUGGCCUGUCUCUGCAGUGGUGUCCUGGCCCCGUACGCGGUGCCCUCGGAACUCCUGCUGGUGGAGGAGAUCCCGCGGAACCAGAUGGGGAAGGUCAACAAGCAAGACCUUGUCCGGCAGCUCUUCCCGCGCGACUGGGCUGCCCCCGAGACUGGGCGCC